CAACAACCAACAUAAUCAGUUUAGUUCAUCUCCCUGCAACUCACUUAGAUCAUCAUCCCAACUGCCUUAAAACAUUCUCCAAAUUUAUAUAUGGAGCUUAGGAAGGAAAAGAUACUGAGGAUUUAUCCUGGAAAUGAUUCCCCACAACUUCAACUUCAACUACACUCAACCCUAUACAAUGGUGCUUCAGCUCCUCUUCUGAAACCUAAUAGCAGUGGCCGAGGCUGCCUAGGUGGUGUCAAAAGUAAGAUUAUUAAUGAGGUUUUGAAACUUGGGUGCCCUAAAGUUUUUUCAGAUCAAAUGGAUCAUAAUGAGUCAUGGAGAAACAAGAUACUUGAUCCAGGGUCUGAUAUUGUCUUGCACUGGAACCUGGUUUUCAUGUUCUCAUCUUUAUUGGCUCUGAUAAUAGAUCCAUUUUUUUUCUUCCUACCGGUUGUAGUGGGGCAAGGGAACUCAUCAUGUGUGAAGAUGGAUUUGGAUACAGGGAUUGUGGUGACAUAUUUUAGAACAAUUACAGAUCUGUUCUAUCUGUUUCAUAUAUUGAUAAAGUUCAGGACUGCAUAUAUAGCACCUACUUCUCGUGGGUUUGGGAAGGGUGAGCUUGUAAUGGAUUCUAAGAAGAUUGCUAGAAGGUAUUUAAGAACGGAUUUCUUCAUUGAUUUCACAUCUGCUUUACCUCUCCCACAGGUUGUGAUAUGGUUUAUAAUACCACAACUUAGAACCUCCCACACUGAUCAUACAAACAUUUCCAUUGUUCUCAUUGUGCUGCUCCAAUAUAUUCCGAGAUUAUAUCAAAUUUUUCCUAUGGGUUCCGAAAUUAUAAAAGCUACUGGAGUUAUCGGAAAGACUGCUUGGGUUGGUGCAGUGUAUAAUCUACUACUGUACAUGAUAGCCAGUCAUGUUUUAGGGGCAUCAUGGUAUUUGCUGUCAAUUGAGAGAUACACAAUGUGUUGGAAAUCAGAAUGCAAAAAUGAAGUUAGCCCUUUAGAGUGCAGUCUUAGUUUUUUAGACUGUAAAUCUUUGCAGAAUCCUAUUCGAACAGUUUGGGCAAACACUACAGUUGUGUUUGAUAACUGUGAUGUCAAUAAUCCAAAUCUCACUUUCAAUUAUGGAAUGUUUGCAUAUCUACUUACUAAUAAUGUUCUCUCCAUAAGUUUGCUCGAGAAAUACUUCUUCUGUGUUUGGUGGGGAUUGCAAAACUUGAGUUGUUAUGGGCAGGUUUUGAUAACUAGCACCUUUAUUGGGGAGAACUUAUUUGCCAUAUUCGUUUCACUUGCGGGUCUGGUUUUAUUUGCUCAUUUGAUUGGGAACAUGCAGACCUACUUAGCAUCCAUCACUGGAAGGCUUGAAGAGUGGAGACUUAAAGAAAGGGACACUGAAGAAUGGAUGAGGCAUCGCCAACUCCCUCAGGAUUUGCGAGAACGUGUUCAGAAUUUUAUCCAAUAUAAGUGGCAUGCUACACGAGGAGCUGAUGAAGAAGCUAUCUUGCAUUCUUUACCAACUGAUAUUCGUCGAGACAUCCAACGCCACCUAUGUUUGGACCUUGUUCGGCAGGUUCCUUUUUUCUCACAGAUGGAUGACCAGCUACUUGAUGCCAUAUGUGAGUGUCUUGUAUCCUCCUUAAGCACCAAAGACACCUACAUUGUCCGUGAAGGUGACACUGUAACUGCAAUGCUUUUUAUCAUCAGAGGUAGACUUGAAAGUUCUACCACCGAUAGAGGAAGACCAGGUUUCUUUAAUUCAAUUACUUUAAGACCUGGUGACUUUUGUGGGGAAGAACUCCUUGAAUGGGCUUUGCUUAAUAAGUCCAAUUUUAACUUGCCUUCAUCCACAAGGACAGUCAAAACCCUAAGUGAAGUGGAAGCAUUUGCCUUGAAAGCAGAAGAUCUCAAGUUUGUAGCCAACCAGUUCAGACGCUUACACAGUAAGAAGUUGCAGCACACUUUCCGCUUCUACUCUCACCAUUGGAGGACAUGGGCUGCUUGCUUCAUACAGACUGCUUGGCGUCAGUACAAGAGGAGGAAGAUGGCAAAGGACCUCUUCAUGCAAGAGUCUUUGUCUUGCCCAUAUUCAUUUAAUGAGCAAGCAACUAUUGAAACAGGACAAGGAGAAGACUUUAGUACUACUAUUUCAACAUGUCCUUCCAUACUGAGACAAAACCUAGGGGUCACAAUUGUAGCUUCAAUGUUUACCACAAACAAGAGGAUGGGAGCUCAAAAGAUGAUCAAUGGCGUUGAGAUUCCCUUACAGAAGCCUGAAGAGCCAGACUACUUUAUUGAGCCUGAUGAUGAUUAG